AUGGAACCUGAAAUGGAUGUUGACAUCCCCGAGUCUCGGGGCACGAAGCGGCCCAUUGAUGAUACCGAGGGCGCUCACAAACCUAAGAAAAUCAGAGCUCUGGAUCCGGAUGUUGUGAACAAAAUUGCGGCCGGAGAAAUUAUUGUGGCUCCCAUGCACGCGCUGAAGGAGUUAAUAGAGAAUGCGGUUGAUGCAGGAUCAACUUCAAUCGAGAUUCUUGUGAAAGAAGGGGGUCUUAAACUUCUCCAGAUUACUGAUAAUGGCCACGGAAUUGAACAAGACGACCUCCCCAUUCUCUGCGAGAGAUUCACAACCUCCAAACUUAAAGAGUUUGAGGACCUUACCUCAAUAGCCACAUACGGAUUUCGUGGCGAGGCGCUAGCUAGUAUUAGCCAUAUUGCCCAUCUAACUGUAACCACAAAGACGGCCGAAUCAAGCUGUGCGUGGAGAGCUCAUUAUGGAGAUGGAAAGCUAGUCCCCCCCAAACCUGGACAAAGUGCUGCUCCAAAAGCCACCGCGGGCCGUGGAGGAACACAGAUAACAGUCGAAGACCUGUUUUAUAAUGUGCCAACUAGACGCAGAGCAUUCCGCUCGGCCAGUGAAGAGUAUGCGAAGGUCCUUGACGUAGUUGGCCGUUAUGCAGUACACUGCUCUGGUGUUGCUUUUUCAUGCCGCAAACAUGGUGAUGCGGGCGUCAGCAUUUCAACGGCAGUUGCUCUGAAUACCACCGACAGAAUCCGUCAAAUUCACGGAAGUGCAGUGGCUAAUGAACUGCUCGAGUUCAGCGUCAAGGAUGAGAAGUUGGGUUUCUCCUCAUCUGGAUUGGUCACGAAUGCAAACUACCACGUUAAACGAACUACUAUUCUUCUCUUCAUUAACCAUCGCACAGUCGAGUCUACUCCCAUUAAGCGAGCCGUGGAGCAGACAUAUGCCAGUUUCUUACCAAAAGGUGGGCAUCCUUUCGUCUACAUUGACCUCGAGAUUGAACCACACCGGCUGGAUGUAAACGUCCACCCUACAAAGCGGGAAGUAAACUUCCUCAACGAAGAUGAAAUUAUCGAGAGUAUUUGCGCGGAGAUCAGAUCGAAGCUAGCACAAGUCGACUCUAGUCGAACGUUUUUAACCCAAACACUCCUCCCUUCCGUACAGACUCUUGGACCCUCAGCGCAAGAGCCAGAGACCGGACCGAAAACACCAGCAGCCACUAAAAAACCGUACGAGAACAACCUAGUACGUACCGACUCCCGUGUACGCAAAAUAACCUCCAUGUUAUCACCCGCAAUGAACCAAACUACCACGGUAGAGGGCACCGAAGCCGAACCCACCACCCAGACCAUUCUCGACGAAGGCUUCCACUACGACACAACCGAUCGUGAGCCCCUGAAAAUCGCUCUGACAUCCGUGAAGCACCUUCGGUCCAUCGUCCGCAAUACAAUGCACAACUCACUAACCGAAACCAUCGCAUCCCACACCUACGUCGGCCUCGUUGACGAACAACGCCGCAUCGCAGCCGUCCAGUCAGGCUUGAAACUCUACCUCAUAGACUACGGCAUGUUCUGCAACGAAUUCUUCUACCAAGUCGGCUUAACGGACUUCGGAAACUUCGGCACAAUCAAACUAGACCCAGCCCCCAGAAUCGUAGAUGUCCUCCGCAUAGCGGCAGAUGCUGAAUGCGAAGCCGCCACCAGCAAUAAUACCCAGCAAGCGGAGGAAGAACGCUCGAUUUUGUCCAACGCCCCCGAGAUCGUCGCGAAAACACUGGUCGAUAGACGGGAAAUGCUCAGCGAAUACUUCUCCAUUCACAUCUCAGAUGACGGCCAUCUCCUCACUAUCCCCCUCUUGCUAAAGGGUUACAUGCCCUGUCUGGGAAAACUGCCGCGGUUUCUCCUCCGUCUUGGUCCAUAUGUCGAUUGGACGAGCGAGGAGGGCUGCUUUCAGACGUUCUUAUGGGAACUCGCGUCGUUUUAUACGCCGGAGCAGCUACCUAGGCCACCUAAGGAAGAGCCGCAGCAGGGCAAUUCGGAAGGAGACCCUGAAGAUACAGAGGAUGAGCUUGUCCAAAACCGUCGGGCGCAAAUGGUGCGCAUGCUGGAACAUGUUGUUUUCCCAUCUUUAAGGGCGCGGCUGGUUGCUACUACUAGGUUGCUGAAGGGCGUCGUGGAGGUUGCGGAUUUGAAGGGAUUAUAUCGGGUCUUUGAACGAUGCUAA